AUGAAUGAGUGUCACUAUGAUAAGCGUAUGGACUUUUUUUAUAAUAGGAGCAACUCUGACACUGCCGAUGAGUGGACAGGAACGACACUUGUGAUUGUUUUGUGUGUUGGAACGUUUUUCUGCCUGUUUAUUUUUUUUUCUAAUUCUCUGGUUAUUGCAGCAGUGAUCAAAAACAGAAAGUUCCAUUUCCCCUUCUACUACCUGUUGGCUAACUUGGCUGCUGCGGAUUUCUUUGCUGGCAUUGCCUAUGUAUUCCUGAUGUUUAACACUGGCCCUGUUUCAAAAACUUUGACUGUCAACCGCUGGUUUCUCCGCCAGGGGCUUUUGGACACUAGCUUGACUGCCUCCCUGACCAAUUUGCUGGUUAUUGCCGUGGAGAGGCACAUGUCAAUCAUGAGGAUGCGGGUCCACAGUAACCUAACCAAAAAGAGGGUGACGCUGCUCAUUUUGUUCAUCUGGGCCAUCGCCAUCUUCAUGGGGGCUGUCCCCACACUGGGCUGGAAUUGCAUCUGCAACCUAUCUGCCUGCUCCUCCCUGGCCCCCAUUUACAGCAGGAGUUACCUCAUUUUCUGGACUGUGUCCAACCUCAUGGCCUUCUUCAUCAUGGUUGUAGUGUACCUGCGGAUCUACAUGUACGUCAAGAGGAAAACCAACGUCUUGUCUCCACAUACAAGUGGGUCCAUCAGCCGCCGGAGGACACCAGUGAAGCUAAUGAAGACGGUGAUGAUUGUCUUAGGGGCAUUCGUGGUCUGCUGGACCCCUGGCCUGGUGGUUUUGCUCCUCGACGGCCUCAACUGCACACAGUGCGGCGUGCAGCAUGUGAAAAGGUGGUUCCUGCUGCUGGCACUGCUCAACUCCGUCAUGAACCCCAUCAUCUACUCAUAUAAGGACGAGGACAUGUACAGCACCAUGAAGAAGAUGAUCUGCUGCUUCUCUCAGGAGAAGAAUCCAGAAAGGCGCCCCUCCCGCAUCCCCUCCACAGUCCUCAGUAGGAGCGACACGGGCAGCCAGUACAUGGAAGAUAGUAUUAGCCAAGGCACAGUCUGCAAUAAAAGCAGUUCCUAA